GGCGCCUGAGCCGGAGCGGGCUCUCCACCGGUCCGGCCCGGUCCUCACACAGGUCUCCGUCAGCGGCUCCCGGGAGCGUCCCCGGCUGCCGGAUGCUUCCGCCCCGGCUGCGGCGGGCCGGGCUGGACGCUUAGUGCCCGGCUCGUGCCCUGCCAGAAGCGCCCGCGGGGGUGGCAGCGGCCUCCGCCCCGCGGAGACCGAGCGGCUGGAGGACGAGGCGGCGGCCGCGGGGAGGAGGAUGGGGGCUAACCAGUUAGUGGUGCUCAACGUGUACGACAUGUACUGGAUGAAUGAAUACACAUCAUCUAUUGGAAUUGGAGUUUUUCAUUCUGGAAUUGAAGUGUAUGGCAGAGAAUUUGCUUAUGGUGGCCAUCCUUACCCUUUUUCUGGAAUAUUUGAAAUUUCCCCAGGAAAUGCUUCUGAACUAGGAGAAACAUUUAAAUUUAAAGAAGCUGUUGUUUUAGGGAGUACGGACUUUCUAGAAGACGAUAUAGAAAAGAUUGUAGAAGAACUGGGGAAAGAGUAUAAAGGCAAUGCCUACCAUUUGAUGCACAAAAACUGCAAUCACUUUUCUUCAGCUUUAUCAGAGAUUCUUUGUGGCAAAGAGAUUCCUCGCUGGAUCAACCGACUGGCCUACUUCAGCUCCUGUAUACCCUUUCUACAGAGUUGCCUCCCAAAGGAGUGGCUCACUCCUGCUGCACUGCAGUCUAGUGUCAGCCAAGAGCUCCAGGAUGAACUGGAAGAAGCAGAGGAUGCAGCCGCAUCCGCUGCCAUGGCAAGUGCUGCAGCUGGUGCCAGAACUGGGCGUCACACUAAACUAUGAGCAUCUCCAAAGUCACACCUUCAGAACUGUCUCUGGCAGUUGAAUAUCACUAGAGAAAAGAAAAUAGAGUAAAUGUCCUUUGGAUAUUUUGUAUGCAAAGAUGGCUCUCCCCCAAAUCCCGGUUUUUCAGCUCAGGAUUAUAUUUGUAGUCAAAAACAAAAAAAAAAAAAAAAAAAAAAAAAAAGAAGAAGAAGAAGAAAAAUCACUUGGCGCAGGAGGGAAAACUUUAUAUGAAGCUGCCCUCUUUUUUUUUUUUUAAUCCACUUGUAAAUUUGGAUUCACUUCCUCUGUUUUAUAUGAGCUCUGUUAAAUUAUGUUUACAGUAUUUUGUAUCACUGUUUACAAAUCUUGCAUGGACUUCUGCCACCAUGAAAGAAGAAAACCUUCAUCUUCAGAAAUUAGGCAGGUCAUCUUUGUACACAUCCUGAAAAUCGCCAGAACUACAGCAUAAAAAGUAGGCACUUCAAGAGGUACUUACAUGGUUACAGUUCCCAUCACCUGCUUAAGAGCUGUAUGUUAGAUUUGUAUUUGUUUUGUUACCAAUUUUGGUGCCCAGCUACAGGGAUCCAAACUGGCCUGACAUGAAGGAGCACACACACAGCCCUCGGGCUUGGAGCCCUGGGUCAGUUCCACUCCACCCUUUCCCGGUCUGAGUAGCACAUUUCCCAGGGUGCCCAUGGAGCAGCUGGUUUCAUCCCAAAUACGCCCACCUCAGCAGGGUGGUAUUCUUGUAUCUGCCUGGCUUGAUGCCUUGAUUCUAUAAUGAAGAUGUUUUCAUGGAAGAUACUCUUACAACUGACAAGUGUUUUUGCACAUGUGUUGGGGAGGGGCUUCAUUUUUAUUUUAAUACAUACUACUCCCUGCCCAGGAUGUUUUGGGUGGGGCGGGAGUAUCCUAACCUAGCUUCCUGAGCAGCAGUAUGAACUGACAUUAAACUGCUUUUUAACUA